ACUCCAAGUGCCAAAUACUCUUGCAGUUCCCUUUUCUCAGCUGCCACCAAAGCAUAGAUCCAUACCCCUAUAUCUCCAGCUGUAUGAAUGACCUUUGUAGAGAAGAUGAUGAUGAAACUUACUGCCGAGCAGUAACAGAGUAUGCUAGAUCAUGUUCCCAUGCAGGUUACCCAAUACGAGACUGGAGGGAUGAUUUUCCAGCAUGUACUGAUCAGUGUGAAGACAGUUUUAUCCAUCGAGAUUGUAUUAGCUGUUGCCCACCAACCUGCACCUUUGAGAAAGAUUGUCUUGGCAGUAAUCUUCAUUGCUUAGAUGGUUGCUACUGUCCUGAUGGUCUCAUACUGGACAAUGGAACUUGUAUUUCAAUGUCUGAUUGUCCUUGUGUUUAUCAUGGGACAGCUUUUCCUGUAGGCUCAAAAAUUGAGCAAGAAUGUAGUAACUGUAUUUGUAUUGGUGGUAUUUGGAACUGUACUGAACAUGAUUGCCCAGCUGAAUGUUCAAUUGUUGGUGAUACCCAUUUUACCACUUUUGAUGGUCGCCAUUAUACUUUCCUUGGGAUUUGUCAGUACAUUCUGGUGAAAGGCACUGGGAAAGACAAAUUCACAAUUACUUUAGAGAAAACUCCUUGUGGUCAGAACCUUGAUCAUGUCUGCAUUCAGUCUAUUACACUAGUUCUUGAAGAUGACAUAAGCAAGCAAGUGACUCUGAACCGGGGUGGUGAAGUUCAAUAUGGUUCUUCCAAUCAGGGUUUGCGCCUAAAUGGAUUUGUUGAAGUGCAGAAUCUGUCUUCAUUGUUUGUGCAGCUGAAAACUAAAUUUGGUUUAAGAAUUCAGUUUGCUAAAGAUGGUGAGAGAAUAUAUAUUCAACUGAGUGCUGCUUGGAAAAGAAGAACUCUGGGUCUAUGUGGAACUUACAAUGGAAAUUUGAGAGAUGAUUUUCUUUCUCCAGCAGGAAUGAUUGAAGGAACUCCACAGCUUCAUGCCAACGCAUGGAAGGUUUCGUCAGCAUGUUAUGUGCCUGUCAACAUCCCCGUGGUUGAUCCUUGUAACAUUAACCAACAAAAUGUCGGGUAUGCAACCCAGUGUGAUCUCAUCAAUCAAGAACUCUUUGCUCCAUGUCAUGUCUACAUCAGCCCAGGAUUAUACUACCAGCGGUGCCGCUUUGAUGCUUGUAAAUGUGGGAGCAGCUGUUUGUGCAGUGCUCUUGCACACUACACCUAUGUAUGCAGCAAGCACGGAGUAACUGUUGACUUCAGAUCUCAUGUCUCAUACUGUGCAUUAAUGUGCAGAAGUGGUAUGCUGUUCCACCGGUGCUCCUCUUUCUGUGAGCACUCCUGUUCUUCCCUUUCUUUUUUGGAUGUUUGUGAUCAUGACUGUGCUGAAGGAUGUAACUGCCCUGAUGGAAAAUACUUUGAAGAAUCUAUCAACUUUUGUGUGCCAAUAACUAGUUGCCGAUGUUACUAUAAAGGCAGAAGUUUUCAGCCUGGGGAAAUUCUACCCACACCAUCAGGCUCAUGCCAGUGUCUAAAUGGAACAAUGAGAUGCACUGAAGCUGCUGCAGUUCCUGCAGUUCACAUAUGCCCUGAAGAAAAGAUCUACUAUGACUGCCGAUCUCAUGUGCCUGGCUUACCAUCUGCUGGAGUAAGCUGUGAGCUAUCUUGUGUAAAUCUUGCCAUGAACUUCACCUGUAUACCAUCCCCACCAUGUGUGAGUGGUUGCAUCUGUCCUCCUGGGAUGGCAGAGCAUAAAGGAAAAUGCUAUGUACCUGACAGUUGCCCAUGUACCUGGAAAGAUUGGGAAUAUAUGUCAGGUGAAGUGAUAGCUACCCCUUGUUACACAUGUGUUUGUCGACGUGGGAUGUUUAACUGCACAUAUUAUCCUUGCCCUGCUGUAUGUACAGUCUAUGGGGACCGGCAUUAUUAUACUUUUGAUGGGCUAGAGUACGAUUAUGUCAGUGACUGCCAGGUUUAUUUGGUAAAGGGUGUAGACAGUUCAAACCUGUCUAUAAUCAUUCAGAACAAGAAGUGCUUUGAUAAUGACAUUGUUUGCUCAAAGAGUGUUUUUAUCUCUGUUGGAGAUACUGAGAUUUUUUUCAGUGACCCGCAAGACAUCCAGAGGAUGCAGAGGAGGCGUGAAGUAAAAACUAAGUACCAGCUUUGGAAAGCUGGAUAUUAUACAGCAGUGUACUUUCCAGAUCAGGAGAUCACAAUACUGUGGGAUAAGAAGACAACAAUUCACAUCAAAGUUGGAGUUCAAUGGAAGGGUAAAUUGGCUGGUUUGUGUGGGAAUUUUGAUAAAUUAACUUCAAAUGAUCUGACCACAUCCAACAACAUGGAAGUAAGAAAUGCUCAAGUUUUUGGAGAGAGCUGGGCAAUAGGAGAGUGUGCUAGCCCAAACGAGACCAUAAAACCUUGUGAAGUACAUCAGAGCAAGUUCCCUUAUGCAAAGAAGGAAUGCUCAAUUUUGUACAGUGAUGUUUUUGCCCCCUGUCGCAAUGUGAUUGAUGUGACAUCAUUUGUCAAAAACUGCCAUACAGAUACAUGCAAUUGUAAUCUUGGUGGAGACUGUGAAUGUCUGUGCACAAGUAUUGCAGCUUAUGCUCACAAAUGCUGCCAGCAGGGUGCAGUAAUUCAUUGGCGAUCUCCAUCUCUCUGUCCUUAUGACUGUGAUUAUUAUAACCAAGGACUUGGGGAAGGACCAUAUAUUUUUGCCAGCUGUGGUCAGAAUGACACUGUUAUAGGAGUCAACGUCACCAACAAAAAGAUCUUUCCUUUGCCCAGAAACAGUGUCAGUGGAAAUGUGUAUUUUAAUUUUAUGUUAACUCCAGGACUUUUCAAAGAUAAAACAUUAUCUCCAUCUCUGGUUUCACUUGAGUCUGCUGAAAGGCCAAAUUACUUUCUGUAUGUCCAUGAUGAUGAAGGUGUUUCCUUAGAACAAUGGGAUGCAAGUUCAGCGUUUCAUAGAAGAGCAACUUUUUUCCAUCACCAAGGUCUUUGGAUCCCAGGCUACAGUGCAUUUGAAUUGCAUAGCAAGAAAGGUUUCUUUAUUAUACUCAGCACAUCUGCUGUGAAAGUAUCCAAAUUUGAUGACUCUGAAGAAUUCAAACGUUCAAGCAGUUUCAGAAUAGAGGAACUCCGUACGGCUGUACCUUAUAGGAGGAUGUGUGAAUGGAGAUACGAACCUUGUACAAGUCCUUGUGUUAAAACAUGUAGUGAUCCUGAAGGAGUGGCAUGUAAAUUUCUUCCACCGGUUGAAGGAUGCUUACCAUACUGUCCUAAAGACAUGAUUCUUGAUGAAAUCACACUUAAAUGUGUUUAUCCAGAAGACUGCAUACUUGUGAAACCUACAGAAUCUUUACCUGAAGCCAAGCCGUCAAGCACAAGGCCCUCAGCAUUAAGCUCCCAUACAGUGGACACGACAGAAGCAUUUUCUCGUAUACCUUCUGUGUUCGUCUCUGAAGGGGAUGAGUCAACAUAUAUGAAUCUAACAACUGAAACAGCAACUGAGAGAGUAGCAACAUUAAGAGGACAAACUACAGAGAAAAUAUUUACAGAUCUUUAUUCGGUAACAACAUCCCAUGCAAGCAUAUAUUUAUCUGAUACGUUACCAGUUUCAGAGCACCCUUCUGAAGACAGCUCUGACACUACACCCCCACCUGUGCUACUUGGAUCGAUAUUCCCAACAGCUUUCCCAACUGCUAAAGAAGCCACAGUAGUUGCAGUAAAAGUGACAACCUAUACAACAAGUCCUACUCUCUUUAUGUCAUUGCCCACGACGACAACAACUGUACCAUCACCGACUGCUUUUCCUUUAAUAACCACAUCAACUAUACCAUUAAGAUCUGCAGCCUCCCCUGCCACAUUACCUACAUUACCUGUGGGACAAGAUUUUGCCUCUACUAAAACACCCACAAGCAUCCUAUUGACUAGAAGCCCUUACACAAGCCAUUCCAAGGUGUCAGAAGCAGCAGCAACAAGACAAUCUCUAUUAACUGAAAGAGCUUCGCUUUCAGGUUCUACGUUAUUUACAGGUUCACCAUUAACACAAACAUUUACUGUGACUUCAAGAACUAGGUCUACUGUGACUGAACCACUCAUUCAUUUGACUUAUCUGCCCUCACUUAUAACACCUGUGUCUCAAAUUCCCUUAUUGAUGUCUAGAUUUACUGCAUUUUCUUCAACCCCGCCUUAUAGCAUUUCAGCUUCAGACUCAAUGACAAUCCAACCUGACUCAGAAAUGUUAUCUUCAGCUCUGCUGCCUACAUCUCUAUCAUCAUCAAAAGCACUUCUAACACCUUCUGAGCAUAUUGCUCCCGUAACCACAAAGCAUGUUUCUGCUGUUACACCAUCUUCAGUUGCUGCACAAAGUCCGACAACCAUAUGGUCUUCACUGAGUCCCAAAGUGACACACACAAUGUCUACAUUAGUGUCUCCUCCAGUUACAUCACAAAGACCCAAAGCAACUGGGGAAGUUACAAUCAUCUCAAAGAGCUUUCAUAUAGGACCUUCCACAGCUUCUGUUCAAGGUUUUUCUCAAACCUCCCAAUCACUUGUAUCAAGUAGAAUUUCAACAGAAAGUAAACAUGCAUUGCACAAUGGUUCAUCUCCAGAGCCAGCUGUUUUUGUAAGUCCAUUAGAAUUUGUUGGUACUGACGCUUUGCCUAGUAGAACCUCAGUGUUACCUACAAAAUUUUUAUAUGAUACGGCACAAACAACUUCCAAAACGAGUGUGCACUCAGUUGGCUCAUACGCAGAAUUAAAAACUGAUUCUACUGUUAAAACUGCAGAUAGUUUUACCACUUCUGUAGAGUUUUCAGGACCUUUAUCUGUUUCAACAAGUCCUUCCACAUUACUUAAAGAGUUAUCAAAAACAAAAACUACUCAGAUCUCUGCCUCAGCAUCUCAUUCUGAAAGCUCAUUUGUGAUUCCCACAAUUCGCAUCACUUCUGCUGUGAUACCAGCUAGCCCUCACAUACAAAUACCAAUUGUAUCACUUGGGGAACAUGCUACCUCAACAAGUCCAGGUUCUUAUCCUGCAGCUUCCCCUUCAGCUACUCCUUUGUUAACUUUACAUACAAGUAUUUCUAUAAUAAAUACUACGUCUUUACCUCCUCUGGGAGUCUCUGAUACGCCUAUGGUAUCUUUAGGAACAAGAAGUUCCUCUUUGACUUCUUCAGUGUACAGUAGACCAUUAUCUUCAUUGCCAAGUGCAAUCAGUACUCAGUCUGCAAAGCCAGCAUUUACUAUGGGUACUCUUCAGAAUAUGACAUCAGCCCCAGCAAAUGUCACUGAAAAGUACACCCUUAGACCCUCAGUAAGUUUACUAGUUUCCUCUGCUAGCACAAGAGUUCCUAGCAAAACUGACCUAGUUACUGAACUCUAUCCUAUCAGCUUUGAACGUUACACAGCUACUACUUCAUUCCCAAUUCCUACUAUCUCCCAAACACUUAUGUAUACUCCAGACUUUACUUUAUUUACACCCAAACCUUCCACAGAAACCUUCAGAACUAUACCCAUUAAAACAGAUGAAGUGACAACCUCAGGUUGGAUAGAGGUGGGAGCAAAACAGACUACAGUACUUCAAAAUGCAACUGUAUAUGCCUUAGAAAGUAAUCAAACCUCAGAAAUACAAGGAAAAGUCACUAUGUAUGCAAGCACUACAGAGUCUUCCCUGCUUUCCACUCAGAUGACAAUGGCUAUCAGUGAAGGCCGCACAGCUUCAGCAAAGCCAGUUUCUCUCUCUGAUGAUGUGACAUUAUCUGGUUGGUCUAGAGUUCCUCCACCAAAAUCAAUUAGGCCAUACUACAGUGUGACUGAACCAGAACAAGUGAGAAUCACCAGCUUGCAGAAUGUCACAAUAAGAGAUUCAAGUCACUUCACAGCAGAGCCACUGAGAACCCAAACUUCACAGGCUGAAAUGGAAAUGAUGACUACAGAGAGUGCAGAAUAUGCUUCCUUUGGCACCAUGAUACAUACAUUAAUGUCUGCAACACCCCCAGAAUGCACGCCAAGGUAUCUUGAUCCAGUAGACAGAUGUAGUCAGUAUGUGUGCAUUAAUAUGGGAUGGAUGCUGUACAACCUCUCAAAGAACUGCCAUAAGAAUGUGGAGAAGCCAGACUGUGGUUUUCGGGGGAUGCCACUUCAAGUUAACACUGACAGCUGCUGCCCAGAAUGGGAAUGUCCUUGUCAAUGUUCUGUCCUGUCUGAACUGAGUAUCAUUACAUUUGAUGGAAAUAAUGUAGCACUGUAUAAAGUAGCUUCCUAUAUUUUAGUCAAACUACCUACGGAAAUUAUUGUGGCUCAUAUUGAAAAAUGUCCCACUAAUCAGGUUUCACCUGGAAGUGCUUCAGGCCUUUGUUUUAAGAAACUUAAUGUAACAACACCUUCAUAUACAGUGCUUAUCAAUCGUUUAGCAAGAAGGGUAGUUGUGGAUUCAGUGAUCCAGCCCUUGCCUUUUUCAAAACAUGGCUUAUGUAUUCAAGAUACUGGUGCUAUGUAUGUGAUCAAUACACCAGCUGGCAUCAACAUUAAGUGGGCUCAUGUUACAGGCAUUAUUGAUAUCCAGUAUGGCUUCCAUUCUAAUACAUCUUCCAAGACUGAAGGACUUUGUGGUGUCUGCAACGGUGAUCCAGCUGAUGACCUGAAAAUGCAAAAUAGAACCAUCAUUACAAAUAUGGAAGAAAUUGAGGCUUUUAUUAAGAGCUGGGAAAUCGAGAAAUCUGUUGAUGUAACAACAAGGAGACCUGUAAGAAACUGUACAGAAGAUAACUGUACAUAUUGUAUGGAACUCCUACACAGAUGGGUUUUUGCCCCCUGUCACAAAAAAGUUUCACCACGAGACUUUUGUGAGAAAAUGUGGAUCAACAAUACUUAUUUUUGGAAUUAUGAAUGUGAUGCUCUUUCUGCAUAUGUAGCAUUGUGCAACAAACAUAAUAUCUGCAUUAAAUGGAGAACACCAGAUUACUGUUCACUCCGUUGUCCUGAUGGGAAGGAAUACCAGCCUUGUGUGCAGCCCUGUGCUGCUAAAACAUGCCUAAAUAAAUGGUUCUAUGAAGAAUCACCAUGUUCCUACUUAAGAGAAGACUGUGUUUGUAAAAAUGGAACCAUUCUUCAUAGAACAGACUCUGACCUCUGCAUUCCAGAAGAAAAAUGUGCAUGUACUGAUAAUGAAGGACAUCCCCGCUCUGCUGGAGAGGUUUGGAAUGGCUCCAAUAAAGGAUGCUGCAUGUAUAAGUGCUUGGAAAAUGGGAGCAUUAUUGCUAUAGAGCCUGAAUGCAGUAAAGAUCUGCCACCAAUAUGCAAGCGGGAAGGUGAAGUUAUUAUUAAUGUAGUCGAAGAAGGGGGUUGCUGUCCAAAGAAAGUCUGUGAAUGCAACAUGACUCUAUGUGACCCAAUUAUUCCAACCUGCAAAAAUGUUGAAAAGUUAGUAGUGGCAUACAAUCCUUUAUCAUGCUGUCCUCAGUACCGAUGUGAAUGUGAUCCAUCAGCAUGCCCCAAUGCUUCCCGUCCAGAAUGCAGGGAAGACCAAUUCAUUGUUGAAGCAAAACAGGAAGAUCCUUGCUGUUUCUCCUAUUUGUGUGUUUGCCAAUCCUGCAUUGAACCUAUUCCAUUAUGCAAUGAAGGGGAAAUUCUCACUGUAGAUCCUAGUUCCACACAGUAUUGUUGCCCUCUUUACCACUGCGUAUGUGAUGAGAAUCACUGUCCUGUACCUCUUCUGAAGUGCUCUGCUGAUAUGAAAUUGAUGAAGAAAAGGAUACCUGGCCAGUGCUGUCCAGACUGGAACUGUGAAUGUGACUGUGAAAAUGCUACUGUACCAGCUUGUAAAGUGGGAGAAGUUCAGAGGAUACAUGAUAAUGUUUCUAGCACGUGUGGAUGCUCACAAUACACUUGUGAAAAAGAUAGUGUCUGUGUAUUCCAAGAAGUCACCAUAUUGAGCCCUGGUCAGUCUAUGAUUCAAUAUUUGGAUGGAGCUCUUUGUUACAUAGCAAAGUGUUCAAAAGAAAGAGACCCUAGCACAGGAUUUCAUGCCAUGGAUCUGAUAGUGGUUAACUGUUCCCAAAAAUGUGAAGCUCACCAAGUAUAUGUUCCAUCUCCUAGUCAACACUCUUGUUGUGGUUCCUGCAUAAAUGUGUCAUGCGCUUUCUAUUCUGGCAACGGAACCCUAGUCAUUUAUGAAGAAGGAAGUACAUGGGAUUCAAACUGCACUAAAUAUGAAUGUGCAAAGACUGCUGUUGGUGCAGUACUGCUUGGAUCCAGUGUUGUUUGCCCACUGUUUAAUGAGACUGAGUGUACAAAGAAUGGAGGCACUGUACAGACAUAUAAUGAUGGCUGCUGCAAGAUGUGUAAACGAGAUGAAAGGAUUUGCCAAAAAGUGACAGUCAGAACAACUAUAAGGAAACAUGACUGCAUAAGUCGCAGCCCUAUUAAUAUGGCUUCUUGUGAUGGCAAAUGUCCCUCUGCCACAAUUUUUAAUGUCAACAUUGAUAGUCAUUUAAGAUUCUGCAAAUGUUGUCAUGAAAGCGGAGUGCAGAAUCUAACUGUGCCACUUUAUUGCUCAGGAAAUGGCACUGAAAUUUUGUAUGUCAUCCAGGAGCCUACGGACUGUUCAUGCCAGUGGAAUUAAGAAUCUUGGUACUAUUAUGGAAGACGGGAUAUUAUGUUUAUUAUUAUGUUCAGAUUUAAUAAAUAUUGUAAUACAGUAUAUAUAUUUUUCUCAUGUUUCAGACACAUACUCAAAAAUUGUUAGUAUUCAACUUUUGAAUGCUUCAGCAAUAUUGUAUAUGUUGGCAAAUAUAUAACAAUUAGUUCAUUUUACAAUAAUCUAUCUUUUGUUCAGUUGUAUGAAUUAACCAGUUCAUGGUAAGCAAUUAAUCUUAUAUGCCUACGUAUCCUCCAUAACUUUUAAAAUUGUAAACCUUUUCUAGCUUAUUCACACUUCUUUGCUCCACAUACAGCAAAGAAAAACCGCCAAAGCCAUUAUUCAUUUGUACUUGCAAUUAUUGUAAACACUACACUGUGCAGUAUAAUGUUUGCAAUUACUUGGCAAACUAGUAUUGCAGCUGAGGGGCGAAAUCAGACACAGACACAGCAGUUUGGGUUGAACAAAGGGCCACUUUAUUAAAACUAUAACAAAACCCCUUUAAAGUGACCUGCAGAGGGAAAACCUAGGUGCGGGAACUGUCUUUAAGCAAGCAGCUUUCCAUACAGCUCUCGGGUGACCAGCCCCUAUUGGGGCAAGGGCAAGCCCAUCUGCUUACCCCUUAUCCCGGCCACACCCUGUAGGUGAGCUGGGGGGCCUUCCCACGUCACCACCCCCCGGGGCCAUACAACUCUGGGUGGAUGAGGUAAGUGGUAAGCAAUUAACCUUAUAUGCCUACAUAUCCUCCACAACUUUUAAAAUUGUAAACCUUUUCUAGCUUAUUCACUUCCAUUGCCAUUAUUCAUUUAUACUUGCAAUUAUUGUAAACACUACACUGUGCAGUAUAAUGUUUGCAAUUACUUGACAAACUAGUAUUCCUUAUAUCUAUGGUGACUUUUAAAAGGUUGGUUUUCUGUUUUCCAGCAUGCUUUACAAUUUUUAUAUUUUUUGGGGUGUCCUCAGAAUUUUGUGACUAUUGAUUUAAGUAUAUUUAGAAACUUCUAAUUAAUCACUUCUGACAUAAUUUUACAUUUACAAGAUUUUACAGAGAGGCAACAGAUAUUUUUGAUAUGCCCCCUGGAUUAAAAGGUGACAGAAAAUAGUAUGGAUAUAUGUAUACUUCUGUUAAAGAAGAAAAUGCACUUUUGGGGGGAUUAUGUUUAUGAUUUAAAUUAUUUUAUGAUAUUCUACCACUACGCUGUUGAAAUUUUUUCAUGACUGUUAUAAAGAUAUGCAAUUGUUCUGCAGUAAACACUGUACAGUUUUGGAAUAAUACAUAUAUUUCAUGAUAUCAAGACAAUAAUAUCAGGAGAAUAAUGAAAAAAGCUUGUAUUAUAAUGAAAAUUACUUACUUCAGGACUUAAUUCAGUAAUUAGAAUCUGAUAGCUCCUCUCAUCGAGGUGAUAAACAUCAUGUUCUAUAUUAAAAUUUAUCUGAAGAUUUUAAACAAGCAAUUCAUUAUACUAAAUCUUAAUGUGAUCAUGUGAAAGAGCUGUACCACAUCAGAUAAUGUAAACUAGAGGUGGUUUUUGCUUUGAGGUGGACAGUAAACUGGGACAGAGAAACGUGGUUGCUAACCUACAUGCUUCUA